CGCCCCGUGACGCCAGGCGCGCAUAACAGCGUCAUUGGAGCGCUGCGCGCAUGCGCACUCGCCCUGUACGGCCAUGGAGCACAUGCGCGACCCGGAAGGCCUGUCUGCCACAUUCCACAACGGCCUUGAGUUGUCGAUGGCGGAGGGAGCGAAGAAGGCCCCAGCAGAGAGUGGAGGUGACAGCGACUCAGCAGUCAGCGCGUCAGAACGGGGAGUCGCGCCCAUUAAAUCUCAAUACCUCACCACCAAGGAACAGUUUCACCACUUCCUGGAAGCCAAAGGGGAGAAGCUCCAGCAGGAAUCGGAGGCAGGAGACCCUGAUGGCAAUGACCUGGCUGAGCCUAGGGCCAAGAGGAUCCGACUGGAGGAUGGGCAGGCGGAGGAUGGGCAGGCGGAGCAGACAGCUGAGCCGGGGCAGCAGCCACAGGCCCAAAAAAGGGCCCGGGGCCAGAACAAGGGCCGGCCCCACGUGAAGCCCACACACUAUGACAAGACCAGGCUCUGCCCCUCACUGAUUCAGUCACAGACGGAGAGCCUGAGUCCUGGGGAGGUUGCCGCCGUGCCUGAGGUCACAAACAAGACGGGGAUCUGGGACGCACAAGCAGCCUUCCUGGUCCUGUCACGUCCUCCCUCCGCUCCACAGGAGUCUGCUGCAAAGUGUGUCUUUGGUGACCGCUGCCGCUUCCUGCACGACGUGAGCCGCUACCUGGAGACCAAGCCGGCCGACCUGGGCCCCCGCUGUGUGCUCUUCGAGACCUUCGGCAGAUGCCCCUAUGGUGUGACCUGUCGCUUCGCUGGGGCCCACCUGGGGCCCGAGGGCCAGAACCUGGUGCAGGAGGAGCUGGCCUCAGACUGGGCCCACCGCCAGCCAGUGCGCAACGGCCUGGACAAGGCCCUGCAGCAGCAAUUGCGCAAGCGCAAGAUCCGCUUCGAGCGAGCUGAGCUCGCCCUGCGCCAGCUGAGCCAGGGCCAGCUGCCAGGCCCUUCGGCUGGUGCCGUCCUCGAGGCCACCACAGCCGAGGGCACCCCAGGGCAGAGCGACUGUGGUGCCCAGCAGGCCCCCGCUGGGCCAGACGCUGGCUGCUCUCCCAGCCGCCCUGUGCAGACCUGCGGGCCCCUGACGGACGAGGACGUGGUCAGGCUGCGGCCCUGUGAGAAGAAGCGGCUGGACAUCAGCGGAAAGCUGUACUUGGCCCCCCUCACCACGUGUGGGAACCUGCCCUUCCGGCGGAUCUGCAAGCGCUUUGGGGCGGAUGUGACAUGUGGGGAGAUGGCUGUGUGCACGAACCUGCUGCAGGGCCAGAUGUCCGAGUGGGCCCUGCUCAAACGCCACCAGUGCGAGGACAUCUUCGGUGUCCAGCUGGAGGGCGCCUUCCCCGACACCAUGACCAGGUGUGCAGAGCUGCUGGGCCGCACCAUCGAGGUGGACUUUGUGGACAUCAAUGUUGGCUGUCCCAUCGACUUGGUGUAUAAGAAGGGCGGGGGCUGCGCGCUCAUGAACCGCACGGCCAAGUUCCAGCAGAUCGUCCGCGGCAUGAGCCAGGUGCUGGACGUGCCACUGACGGUGAAGCUGCGCACGGGCGUCCAGGAGCGGGUGCAGCUGGCGCACCGCCUGCUGCCGGAGCUGCGGGACUGGGGUGCGGCCCUCAUCACGCUCCAUGGCCGCUCUCGGGAGCAGCGCUACACCAAGCUGGCCGACUGGGAGUACAUCGCCCAGUGCGCCAAGGCCGCCAGCCCCAUGCCGCUGUUCGGAAAUGGGGACAUCUUGUCGUACGAGGAUGCCAACCGCGCCCUGAAGACGGGAGUGGCCGGGGUCAUGAUCGCCCGCGGGGCCCUGCUGAAGCCGUGGCUGUUCACGGAGAUCAAGGAGCAGCGGCACUGGGACAUCUCGUCCUCCGAGCGCCUGGACAUCCUGAGGGACUUCACCAGCUACGGGCUGGAGCACUGGGGCUCAGACACGCAGGGCGUGGAGAAGACGCGGCGCUUCCUGCUGGAGUGGCUGUCCUUCCUGUGCAGGUACGUGCCCGUGGGCCUGCUGGAGCGGCUGCCGCAGAGGGUCAACGAGCGGCCACCCUACUACCUGGGCCGCGACUACCUGGAGACGCUGAUGGCCAGCCAGCAGGCGGCCGACUGGAUCCGCAUCAGCGAGAUGCUCCUGGGACCUGUGCCGCCCGGCUUCGUCUUCCUGCCCAAGCACAAGGCCAAUGCGUACAAGUAGUGGCCCACAGGCCCCGGCCCCCGCAUGGGCAAGACAAUAAACACGGCUCACUCUGGGAGCCCAGGCCUC